AUGUCUCAUAAUGCAAACUCAUCAUAUGUUUCCGGUUCAUCGCAUGUGAAUGAAUAUGAUGAAUGGGAAGCACGAGUUGUUCAACAAAAUCGACAACUUGAUGUUAUCAUGAGUGAGUUACUCAUAGGCAUGCCAAACACGAGUGUAAGAGAUCAUCCUAGAGCAAGAAGGAGGUAUUGUGAUCGGGAACGUGAGCAGGGUGAGGCACGUUUGAUGAAAGACUACUUUGUUGACAACCCAACAUAUGGUGAAGCAAAAUUCCGUGGUAGAUUUCGAAUGCGAAAACCACUAUUUCUCCGCGUAGUGGAAGCUGUUACAGCCAAUGACCGAUAUUUUCAACAAGGACACGAUGCCACAGGUAGACAAGGUUUUUCACCAAUACAUAUAUGUACUGCAACUAUGAGGGUAUUGGCAUAUGGGGCAUCAGCAGAUGCACUUGAUGAAUACUUGAGAAUGAGUGAGACUGUGACAAGGGAUGCUCUUGUAAAUUUUGUGGAAGGUGUCAUUUCAUGCUUUCGUGAAGAGUACCUUAGAAGUCCCAAUAGAGAUGAUUUUGCACGACUGCUCGAUGUUGGAGAAGAACGUGGAUUUCCAGGUCGAGCACCAAAGGUGAGUUACACUGUGAAUGAUCGAGAAAAUAAUAUGGCUUAUUAUCUCACUGAUGGCAUAUAUCCUUCAUGGGUUGCCUUUGUCAAGUCAAUAAAUUCUCCACAACUUCGAAAACACAAGUUGUUUGCUGAACAUCAAGGGCGGCUAGAAAAGAUGUUGAACGGGCAUUUGGAGUUUUACAAGCUCGUUUUGCUUUUCUUCAUCGCCCUUGUCUUGUGUGGGACAAAGAUAUGA